AUGGGAAGUAUAGGAGACCUGCCCGUGGGGGUAUUUCCCACGCUGGUACCCCCGAGCUCUAGUGGUCACACAGAAUUCCAUGCCUGGGAGAUUUCCCCGGACAUCCUCACAAAUCUUCUGCAAAGCAGUAUCCGAAAGGAAGUUGAUCUGAUAGUGCUGUUGCGUAGCAUCUGGGCCAUUGUUCUCCGCCAAUAUGUCGAGUCAGACGGGCUGUGCUUCAAGGCGGGAAGCAUGACUUCAGCUUGCUCUGAGUUGGAUAUGCUGGUCUAUCGAGCUGGCAUCUCUUCACAUGACACCCCAGAAGGUAUCUGGAGACAGCAGCAAAUAACGACCGGUAUCAGUGCGGGAGGUCGGAACUGGGAGGUGAAUACUGGUGUCUUUCUACUCAAGCUGUGCAGUGAUAGGCAAUGGAGAGCCAGAGCAAUGUUGCAGCAAGCUGUGGAUGCUUGCUUGGUUAUGGAAGAAGUGGAUGCCAAUGCUCCUCGUCUCUAUUUCCUGGCGAAAGCGACAUUAUUAUCCAGACAGCAGGCUCAGUAUGUUGCAGAUACUGUCGCUCAUGUCGCCUCAGAGAUCCUGCGCAAGCCCAACCAGACACUCAGGGAUACGGAUUUCUUUAGUCCCCAACAUGCACCAAUCCUACACAAGUGGAACCACCGUACCUUCUGGCCUGGCGAGGGCGACACUCCCUCUUCCAUCCUGGACGCCAUUCGACGACAUAGUCAGCGGAGCCCCGACGCGCUCGCUAUUGUCGCUUGGGAUGGCAGUAUUUCCUACGGAGAUCUCGAGGCACGCAGCACGUGUCUGGCAGAGUAUCUGCGUCGUGUCGGUGUUGGCCCGGGUGUCAUGGUGCCCCUGCUUCUAGGCCACAGCCAAUGGGUCAUCAUCACCCAAUUGGCCGUCCUCAAAGCCGGAGCAGCCUUUGUACCCCUGGAGCCAUCGCAUCCACAGGAGAGAUUGCGAUAUAUAGUGCGCUGUGUGAAAGCCUUCUUGAUUGUGGCGUCCGAGGCGCAUUGCGCUCGGGCUCAACAGCUGGUUGAGCAAGUCAUCCCGAUUAACGAGAACAUCAUGAAUACAGUGCGUACCGCACUCCUGUCGACGGCGUACAUAACUCCGACUGCAGACGCUCCGGCAUAUGUCCUUUUCACCUCGGGCAGUACCGGGCAGCCCAAAGGCUGUGUGAUCGACCACCGUGCGAUGGCCCAACUCCCCCAUGAUGGUGUAGCAGCGUCAGUGGGACCUGACUCACGUGUGCUGCAAUUUGCGACCUAUAGCUUCACCAUGGCCAUCUAUGAGAUAUAUUGGUGUUUGAGUAAUGGCGGGACACUCUGUAUCCCCUCAGACCAUGACAGGUUGAACAAUCUUCCUACCGUGAUCGAGGAGAUGCAAGUCACCUGGGCCGUGCUGACUCCGUCAGUACUGCGACGGCUGAGCCACGAUAACCCCCCAUCUAGUUUGCAGACGCUUGCCCUAGGCGGAGAGCCGUUGGCUGCCGGGGAUAUGGAGGCCUGGGUGCGAAAGCUGCAAGUGUUUUUCGGUUAUGCGUCUAGUGAAGGGACGGCACUGAAUUGCCUGACGGAGCUGAGCGAGCAAUCACAUGCCUUAGAGUAUACGCCUACCCCCCGGGUUCGUCACUGGAUCGUUGAUCCCGACAACCAUGAUAAACUCGCGGCAGUGGGCACAGUUGGGGAGUUGAUCGUUGAGAGUCCCGGACUCGCCCGCGAAUACCUGGACAAUCCAACCGCUACUGCCGCCGCAUUCAUUCAAAGUCCCGACUGGAGAAGGUCAUUUCGAUUUUCCCAGGAUGCGAGCCAACCGAUCCGUAUGUAUAAAACCGGAGACCUCUUCCGCUAUACGGAAAGGGGCAACCUGCAGUACGUUGGCCGGAAGGCCACGCAAGUCAAGAUCCGCGGCCAACGUUUGGAUUUGGGAGAAGUCGAAUACAACGUCAGCCAACAGUGUCCUGCACCCGCCCGAGUGAUUGCAGAGACAGGGGUCCCGAGAGAUGGGGCAGGGACAAUGUUACUAGUCGCGUUUCUUUAUUCGGACAACUACACAUUAGAGCAAUCAGAAACGACGCAGUCAGAUGAGGCCUCUCUAUUUGCUGUCCCCUCCGAUCAGUUCCGCGCCGACAUGAAGAUUUUAACACAAGCAUUAGAACCAUUGUUACCGGCCCAUAUGCUUCCUGGCAUCUACAUUCCUCUGCGACGCUUCCCAUCGACGUUGACGGGCAAAGCCGACCGUCGUCUGUUACGCGAACUGAUCCAGCAGCACACUCGUGGCGAGUUGGAGCGUUACCAGUCUGUGACGACUAAUAAUGUAGCGCCUCCAAGCACUCGCCUGGAGCGAGACCUUCACGGCCUUUUCGCCGAGGUACUGGGGAUAAAUGCUCAGGACUUCGGGAUUAAUCACAGCUUCAUACGUCUGGGAGGAGAUUCUCUCGCCGCGAUGAAGCUGGUCAAUUUGAGCCGUAAGCUAGGCCUGCGCUUGACAGUCGCGCAGAUUAUGGAGAGCAAGACUGUUGCCAAGCUGAGCAACACAACGUUGGCCGACGAGUCUUCUGUUAGCACGAUAAUCCCUCUGAGGGAUGGCCCUCUCGAAGCCAAACUUCCGCUCGACUUUUGGGAAGGUAUCGAAGAAGAACACAUCGAAUCCAUUUCCAACUGCUCCACCAUCCAGCAGGGCAUUCUAUUGGGACACAUUCGAAACCCAGCCCACUACCAUAAUCGAAUAGUGUGGGAAGUCCUUGAGCCCCCUGCAGCACGAGAUAUCGAUCGAAUGCGCCGUGCAUGGGCGCACGUUUGCCGCCGUCACCCCAUGCUACGUACCUUUUUCGUGGAAGCUCCAGCCGGAAACAGCUCCCUGGCGCUUCAAAUCACGCUGAAAGUGUCCCGCUUCCGCCCUGAGGAUGUGGAUGUGUUGUAUGAGGAGCCUGAACAAAUGCCCAGCACGAAUCCCACUCUAGCCUCUGAACAGCCCCUACAGUGGAUUCCCCGAUUACGAAUCUAUGAGGCUACCGGCAAUCGGCUAUACUGUGCAAUCGAUAUUCAUCAUGUUCAGGUGGACAUGAUCUCCUUGGGGAUAAUUAUCCGAGAUCUGAGGCGUUGCUAUCUGGAUGAGACUGAGUAUGUUGCAGCGGGCGACGUGUCUGAACCCAACAGUGUGUCAUACACCGACUACACCCAGUAUCUCGUUGCAUCCCAGUCAGCGGAGAGUCUCAGUUACUGGAGAAUUCGCCUAGCUCAUACGGAGCCGUGUAUAUUUCCCCGCCUGCAGCAGGGCCCGUUUGAGGCCGCUUCGUCAGCCCUUUGCAGUGUAGAGCUCCCUCUGACGCCGAUAGCUGACCAUCUGCAGUCAUUCUGCAAGGAUACGGAAGUCACCGUGGCCACGGUGUUCAAGCUUGCCUGGUCACUGGUGCUAAGCGCAUAUACUGGGUCUCGCUGUGCCUGUUAUGGUUCGGUGACGGCAAUGAGAGAUGUCCCUUUAGCGGGUGUCGAAGAUCUGGUCGGGCCACUAAUCAACACGCUGCCGUUUUGUGUGGAAUUGAACCCUGACGAAAGAGUGAUGAAUGUGCUUCGACGGGUCCAAAAUCUAUUCCUCGAAGAACUACCACACCGACAAGUAUCCAUUGCAGAACUUCAACAUUCCCUAAAUAAUAGCAGCGGUACUCUCUUCAACACCACAAUGAGCUUUGUCGACAGCUUAGACCCUGCAGCAGAUUCCCAACACCCUAUACGAUUGGUCUCCUGGUACGGACCGACUGAAUAUGACCUCGUAGUUGAAGUAACUCCAGGGCCCCCCGUCUCGUGCUGCAUCAGAUACUGGAGCCAUAUGAUGUCCGACUGGCAAGCAUCCGCUCUCGCAGAUACUCUAGCCAUGUCGGUUUCGCAGAUUCUACGUGGUGCAUCUUCAGGCCAGUCCGUCGGAAGCCUCGAUCUAUGUACGGCCCGAGAUAAGCAGAAGCUCGUUGAAUGGAAUGGGUCUCCCCCGGAGGCCGUGCGGGUGCGUGUGCACGAUUUGAUCAAGGCUCGAUGCAUCGAGCAGCCAGAUGCCUUGGCGGUGUGGGCCUGGGAUGGUGCUUUGAGCUAUCGGGAGCUCGACUGUCUUUCCUCGAAUCUAGCUAGAAGGCUUAUGGCCCGUGGGGUCGGGCCUGAAGCGUUUGUCGGUAUUUGUUUUGACCGGUGCAAAUGGACGUUGGUAUCGGUUCUAGCUGUCGCCAAAGCUGGGGGUGCAUUUUGCCUGAUGGACUCGUCGCAUCCGACAUAUCGCCUGCGCGAAAUCUGUGAUGCCUUGGGAGCAAAUUUAGUGAUCACGACACCAAAACAUGUCGCAAAGGUAUCCAAAUGCGAACGUCCCUUGUUGGUAGUAGUGGAGGGUGUGUGUUCUGAAACAGACGAUUUGCCAGGUGGAUUGGGGUCCGAAUAUCGUGACACACUUCCUCGAAAUGCCCUAUAUGCAGUCUUCACAUCCGGCUCGACGGGAAAGCCCAAAGGCGUCGUUAUCACACACGAGAAUCUGGCUGCAACAAUCAAAAAUUGCCCUCAACGGUUGGACCUACGACCAGGCGAUCGGUCUCUUCAUUUUGCGUCUUACGCCUUUGACUUCAGUAUCAUCGAGGUUAUAGUUCCCAUGGUAGUGGGGGCCUGCGUCUGCAUUCCAUCGGAGCAUGACCGUUUGAAUAAUUUGCCCAAGGCCAUGGCGGACCUUGCGGUAACCUGGGCGAUUAUGACCCCGACGGUGUCUCGGUUACUAGAACCUGCCAGCCUACCCACCCUUCGAACUUUAGUCCUUGGAGGAGAGGCAAUCAUGCCUUAUGAUUUCACGACCUGGCAGGGUUACACGACCCUCAUCAGCGCAUAUAGUCCGGCUGAAUGCACGCCGAUUGGACUUUGCACUGUGGUUCAGGCGGAUGAUCCGAACUGUUUGGGCAAGCCAUUCACUUCUAUGUCGCCCUGGAUCGUUGACCCAGAAAAUGUUCAGCGGUUGGUCCCGGUCGGUGCUGUAGGAGAGCUCGUCAUAGAAGGGACCGUCGUCGGUCGAGGCUAUCUACACGAUGCAGAGCACCGUGAUAUAGUCUCCUCACCGUUCAUCCCUCCGACUCAGUGGCUAUCCCAAUAUCGAACCAUCGACGUGACUAACCCUUCGCGCUUAUAUCGCACCGGGGACCUUGUCCAAUUUACUGAGGACGGGGCGGUACGAUUUAUCGGGCGCAAGGACUUGCAGGUCAAGAUCCGGGGCCAGCGACUGGAAUUGGGCGAAGUGGAAUCUCGACUCCGAAGCUACCUCCCUUGGGCUGGCGCAAUUGUCGUCGAAGCUGUUGUCUUGAAAUCCCCCGGUGGUCGCGCAGUACUGGUCGCCUUUAUAUCCAUUAACUCCCCAGAUGUUACAGACAACGCCGAGACAGUGUGCGAGAUAGCCGGAUCGUUUGAUAAUGAUGACAAUAGUGUAUAUCAGCGUGAUAUCGAUAAGGCUCUUUCACAUCUUGGGGAUGAGCUACCGAACUGGAUGGUCCCUUCGGUGGUUCUGAAGGUGCAGGGCAUCCCAAUGACCAAAUCCGGAAAAGUUGAUCGACGCAGACUGCGACAACUAGCUACCCUGAUUCCCCGAGAGACGCUAGGGGCCUCUAAUGUCCAUAGUUCUCUUCGUCAAGCUCCAGUCACCGAAGAAGAGAGACGGCUACAGAUGGCUUUCGCGAACAUCUUGCAAAUGCGGCCUGAGGAGAUAUUCGCUGACAGUCACUUUUUCCAACUUGGGGGUGAUUCUGUUGGAGCCAUGGAGCUGGUGGCAGCGGCGAGGCUACAGAAUAUGGGAAUCAGUGUCAGUGAGAUUUUCCAGCAUCCUACAUUGAGUGAGCUGGCAGCGGUGGCAACCAAGACCAUGGAUGAGGAGACUUCUGAGAUUCCGCCCUUCAGCCUUCUACCCAGUGACUACGAAUCGGAUAUCAUCUCAUCCGCUCUAGAGCAAUGUGCUCUAUCGCUGAAUGACUUGGGUGAUAUCUAUCCGUGUACCGCCUUUCAGGAAGGGUUAAUGGCCCUUGCCAGUCAAAAAGCUGGCAAGUACGUCUGUCAGUGUCUAUUUGAGCUCGGACGUGAUGUUGAGAUAAAUAAAUUGAAGACCGCGUGGCAAGCAACAGUGACUGCCAAUGAUAUCCUCCGCACCCGGAUUAUUCACGUUCACCCGCACGGUACCUUCCAGGUGGUCCUGACGCCAGCCGCAGCUCCGAUUUUGUGGCACAGAUAUGAGACCGUCAAUGAAUGGCGCAAGAAGGAUAUGGAACUGAACAUGGAACUGGGAACCACAUUGGCUCGCUUUAGCAUCCUCAGCUCGGCCCAGGGACAGACACUCGUAGGUGUCUCUCUCCAUCAUGCCAUUUACGAUGGCGUCUCCCUGCCCCGACUCUUUGACCAGGUGCAAAGGGCAUAUCAGAAUGAACGUCUACCCCUCAAUAAAUUCACACCCUUUAUUCGCUCUCUAAUCUUGCAGAAUCCUAAGGAUGUUGAAGAAUUCUGGCGCACCGAGUUCCAUGGUCUUCAGACUUCGGUAUUCCCAGGUUUGCCCGAGCCUGGAUUUGUGCCCAACCCUACAGCGAGCGUGGAAAAGGAGAUCAGGCUCCCACGGCCACCGCACCUGCCAAGUGUUACCCUUUCAACAGUAAUGAGGCUGGCAUGGGCACUGCUGGUAUCAUAUUAUACAGAUUCUGAGGAUGUGGUCUUUGGCGUCACCGUCAGUGGUCGAGCGCGGUCUGUUCCUGGGAUAAACCUUCUAACUGGCCCUUCUAUGGCCACUGUUCCAUUCCGCACGCGAAUUUGUCGUGAUAGUCUACUUCUGGACGCUCUGCGUGAUGCUCAGGACCAUUCCAUGCGCAUGAUUCCCUUUGAGCAGGCAGGUCUGCAAAGGAUCCGAGAGCUCAGCGAUGAAGCUAGCGUUGCCUGCGGAUUUCAGUCACAGUUGGUCAUUCAACAUGGCGAGCAUAGCCAGGCCUCCCCUAACAUGAUGAUACUGCGUGAUCAGUUUGCGGAUCAUGCGGCGUUUCUCAACUACGCACUGGUUAUAUUGUGCACCCCAUCAACGGCACAUCAAACCGUACGCGUGAACUUUCAGUUCGAUCCGCAAAUUGUACUGCCGGCGGUCGCAGAUCGACUGCUGAGCCAAUUUGCCCAUAUCGUGGAUCAGAUGUGUGCGCCAUCUAGCUACAACGCUAGGCUCGGGGGCCUCGAAACAAUAACUCCCCAAGAUUGGACCUCGCUGCGGCAAUGGAACGGCAGCCUACCAGCCGCAUACCCUCAUCCGCUUCAUCAUCUCGUACUGUCGCAGGCGGAGACCACACCCGACAGGCGGGCCGUGGAGUCAUGGGAUGGAACCUUGACAUAUGCUGAAUUGAAUGAUCUCUCGGGAAAGCUAGGGCAGCAUCUGUUGAACCGUGGACUGAAACAGGGUUCACGGGUGGUUCUCCUUUUUGACCGCUCCCUCAUAUCGGUUGUGACAAUGUUGGCAGUGCUUCGGUCAGGAGGCAUAUGUGUCAACAUUGACCCAUCUCUACCGCAGACUCGCAUUACCCAGACAAUACACCAAGCACGGCCCUCAGUGGCAUUGGUAUCAUCUACAUAUCAGUCGCGGCUGGCAGAUGCAUUGCCGGUUCCUGUCCUCACGAUUGCACUGGAUACCAUACCACGAAGCGCAAAGAACAUCCCUUGGCCACUUGUGCGCUCUACUGACCUUGCAUUUAUUCUCUUCACUUCCGGUACCACGGGAAAGCCCAAAGGCAUCAUGGUAGAACAUGGAAAUUGCGCUACCGACAUUUUUCACUACAGUGCUAUCUUGGCCGUCACCCCGGAAAUAAGAACACUACAUUUCUGUAGCUAUGCAUUUGACUUGAGUAUCUACGAGGUUCUGACACCCUGGAUGCACGGCGGAUGUCUGUGCAUCCCAUCAGAGUCUGCACGGCUUUCAGAUUUGCCCGGAGUCAUCCAGAAAUACCACGUCAACUUCGCAAUCCUGACUCCAUCCGUGGGGAGUGCGCUACAUCCAAGUGACCUUCCCAGCCUGCAAACCCUCAUCCUGGGUGGUGAAGUGAUGCCUGCGGUGAUGUUCGACCGCUGGGCCUCUCAUGUACGCUUGAUCAACUUGUAUGGCCCAGCAGAGGCCACCCAGUGUGCCGCUCUCCACCUGAAACCCACAGACGAGUUUGUGCCAGGACUUAUUGGUGCUAUGGUUGGCGCCUCGGGCUGGGUCACGGUCCCUGGCAGUCCAAAUUGCCUCACCCCCAUUGUUGCGGUGGGCGAGCUCCUGAUAGAAGGCCCAGCGGUAACUCGGGGCUAUUUUGACGAAAUGGAACAGACGCAAGCAUCAUAUAUCGAUCCGCCAGCCUGGUUGCAGGAGUUUCGCGGGCCUGCUGAGCCUGGCCGCCUCUUCUGCUCUGGAGACCUGGUGCAGUAUGUACCUAACCGGCCAGGUUGGCUGCGCUACAUUGGACGCAAGGAUAAGCAAGUCAAAAUCCGUGCACAAAGGGUCGACCUGACGGAAGUCGAGCACCAUGUCGAUGAGCUACUCCCACCAGGCAGUCAGGCAAUUGCCGAGGUCCUGUUCCAGCACUCGUCUCCCCGCCAAUCGAGCCAGCUUGCAGUAUUCUUGGCCUUUGGUGAACAGUUAACCAACAAAAUGGACAUCAUAUGCGCCCUCGAUGAGCCAUUCAGAAGAUUAAUAGCUGAAAUCCACCCACAGCUUCAGAAAAGGCUCCCUUCUUACAUGGUCCCCACCCUCUUCUUUCCGGUAUCUCACGUUCCUCAAACACCCACCGGUAAGACCGAUCGAAAUCGGUUGCGGCAGUUGGUAGAAGGGUGGACGACCGAACAGCUGCUGCCAUAUCAUCCGUUCAGUACAGAUUCAGCGCGUGCGCCAGUAGAGACGGCUGAGGAGCGCAUCUGGCAGCACAUGUGGUGCGAGGUACUCUGCAUACGUCCCGAGAAUAUCGCCAGAACUAGUCAUUUCUUUCACCUUGGCGGUGAGUCUGUUAGAGCGAUGAGGUUGGCCGGGUUGGCACAACGUGAGGGAUGGAUCAUUUCCGUGCCAGAUAUUUUCGCUCAUCCGACGCUAUCGGAAAUGGCGAGUCUCGCUGUACCCUCCCCCAAGGGUGUGCCGGUUCCAUCUCCAGACCGUUUCAGCCUGGUAGGAAGCGGAAGGCGGGCAUCAUAUCUGGUUAAUAUGGCGACUCACCAGUGCAACGUCACCAAAAGUGAGAUAGAGGAUAUAUAUCCUUGUACCCCGCUCCAGGAGACUCUCAUAGCCUCAACGGUACAAAAAGGAGGCUCCUACCAAGCGCUGGAAGCCUUUGAUCUGAUAGCCGAUGUGGAUUUGGAACGCUUGGAAAUGGCGUGGCAAAAGACAGCGGCCGAUCAUGCUAUCCUCCGCACGCGAAUUAUGCAAGACUAUACCGGCGAACUGUUUCAGGUGGUAGUCAAAGGUCCGUUAGCAUGGACCGCGGAACAAGCGGACAUAAACCCUGAGAAUGGGUUACUGCAUUUCCAGCGUACCAUGGGCAUUGGGACACCCUUGAUUCAUCUAGUCCUUCUACAAUCUCCCGGAUCCACGAUACCCGAUCGUCUCUUGCUCUCGAUACAUCACGCAUUGUACGAUGGAUGGUCCCUGCCCCUGUUGCUCGAGGAGGUCAAUCAGAAAUACAUCGGCCCAUAUCGGGGCCAAGACACAACCGUGCCUUUCAACGUAUUUGUCUCGCAUGUAAUUAAAUCCAUGGACAGGUGUUGUCAUUUUUGGAAACAGGAGUUGGAAACGAAGACAGAAGCUCGACUAUUUCCACGUUUGCCGGACGGGGCAUACGAGCCACACCCACAGGCUAUUUUGCAGGACCAAGUCUUUGUUAGCCCGACGCGGAAUGAAUCUGAGAUAACCCUCGCAACCAUGGUCCAGGCAUCUUGGGCAUUGACAGUGAGUUGCUACUUGAACGCAAGCGAUGUAGGGUUCGGGAUCACCACCUCUGGACGAGCUGCCCCUGUUCCGGGAAUCGAUCGACUGUUGGGACCUACGCUGGUUACAUUGCCCCGACGCAUACAUAUCCAGAACACCCUGGAUAUCAAACUUUUCCUACGGCAACUACAGCAGCGCUUUACGGAGCAGUCCAAGUAUGAACACAUUGGACUGCAGCAGAUUCGCCAGCUAGGGCCAUCGGCGGCCAGCGCGUGUCGCUUCCAGACUCUCCUAGUCAUUCAGCCCGACCAGCCAAAGCGCCAGCUGGCUUGGGCUGGAAACCACCAGAGUGCGGCCGAAUUGACGCAGUUUAGCAAUGUUGCGUUAACCCUGAUCUGCCAGCUCCCCUCUCCCUCCUCGACGUCCAUUGGCCUGACAGCAGUUUACGACCCUCGAGUACUGGCACCCGCACAGAUGCAGCGGGUUCUGUCGCAAGUUGGCCAUGUCUUCAGAGAGUUACAGGAUGCUCCAGACGGUGUUCCCAUCGCCUCGCUCAAUAUGCUGAACCCCAGUGACUCCGCAGAACUGCAACAGUGGAAUAAGCUCACUGUUCCUACUGGAAAGCAUCAAGAUCAAGAAUUUGUGCAUGACAUGAUACGGCGGCAAUGCCAGCUUCAACCAGACGCCGUAGCCGUUGAGGCAUGGGACGGAAGCCUCACUUAUGAAGAGCUGGAUUCCUACACGGAGUACCUGGCUGCGAAACUGCAGCUAUGUGGUGUUCGCAACGACCACUUCAUUGCUCUCUACUUCGAGAAGUCAUGUUGGACCAUUGUCGCCCAACUGGCGGUCCUGAAAGCCGGAGGGGCCCUAGUGAUGCUAGAGCCUUCUCAUCCCGUUGAUCGCCGUCGGGAGAUUUGCCAGACUUUGGAUGUCAUGUUAAUCCUUGGUCCUCCUCACCUCACUCAUUCGUUGGAACAGGAGCUCAAUAUCAAGGUACUACCUAUCAGCAAGGCUCAUCUCAAAGCGUCGGAUGGGGAACAUCUAUCAGUCGACAGUCAUAUACAGUCUCAUAACCUCAUGUAUGCCAUCGCUACAUCCGGGACUACUGGUUGUCCUAAGCUCGCAUUGGUUCAUCAUGGCGGUUUUGUUGCCACUGCAAGGACCUUGGUUGAUAGGCUCCUCUUACUGGCAUCGUCUCGGGUGCUUCAAUUCUCUAGUUACGGAUUCGACGCAAGCUUAGUGGAACAACUGCUUCCGUUAAUUGUAGGAGGCUGCGUCUGUGUUCCCACCCCCUUUGACCGUGAUAACCGCCUAGCGUUCACGAUGGCGACCAUGAAGAUCAAUUGGAUGGUUGCACCAGCAUCAGUGAUUCACCUACUUUCACCUGAUACGGUCCCAACACUACAGACAUUAAUAUCUGCGGGUGAGCCAUUGCAGCAAAGUAUAAUCGAUGUGUGGGCCACUCGAGUCAACCUCAUAAAUGCAUACGGCCCAGCAGAGUGCAGUAUGGUGUGCUCGGUCAACCCAAGCGUAAGGCCGGGAACCGAUCCGAACAAUAUCGGAUACCCAAUUGGUGGCACCUGUUGGAUAGUAGACCCAAAUGAUAUCAACACCCUUUUGCCAAUUGGUGCUGAAGGAGAACUCCUGGUGGAAGGGCCGAACGUCGGUGUCGGAUAUGCGAAAGACCCUCGGCGCACAAGAGUUGCAUUUUCAUCAUCACCGCCUCACUGGCUCCGCUCCAUUCACGGAGAAUCAGUCCACACUCGAAUAUACCGCACAGGAGAUAUCGCUCGAUAUAAUCCCGACGGAUCUGUGCUUUACGUGGGCCGUAAGGAUUCACAAAUCAAAUUACAUGGGCAGCGGAUCGAGCUCGCCGAGGUGGAACAUCAUGUCAGGCUAUGUUUCCCAGGCGCCAUCCAGGUAGUUGUUGAGAUGGUCAAGUUUGACGAUUUUGAAACUAGCUCCCUCGUUGCCCUCAUCGUCGUGUCUGGCUCAGGCUUUCCAGCGUCUGGAUCAAACAUCCUGCUCCCAACAACCACAAAUUUCCUCAACAAUGUUCAACACGCGGAAGCACUCCUGCAGGAUCGUAUCCCACCCUAUAUGAUCCCGACGCUGUUCGUACCGGUGGCACAGAUUCCCUUCAAUACCAAUGGCAAGGCAGAUCGUGCUCGUCUGAGAACCUCGGUUGCUUCUCUGUCCAUCCAUGAUCGUAUAGGCUAUCGCUCCACGGCCACAACAAAGCCUAACACAGAUCUAGAAAUUGUGCUUCAUGGAAUCUGGUCCCGUGUUUUGCGGAUCUCACCUCAGAAGCUUGGCAUCCAUGAAAGCUUCUUUCGGGUAGGCGGCAAUUCUAUUAGCAGUAUGCAACUAGCGGCGCAGUGCAACGAGGCUGGCCUUCCAAUAUCCAUCCAGGAUAUCUUCCGUUGCCGAACAAUUUCGCGGUUGGCGUCAUCAUUCAAGGGUCAUCCUGUCCAGGCGGACAGAUCUUUAGAAGCACAUAGCCAGGAUGGAUCACUGGGCCCAGUGCAGCGGCUGCUGCCUGAAGUAGGGCACCCCAAGGCUCCAGUGGAUUCUACUCUUGCCGCCUUCACUGAUGGCCAGUUCGAGGAGAUAAAUAACGGCAUCCCGGCUGGAUAUGAAGGGCAGAUACAAGAUAUCUACCCCUGCUCCCAUGCACAGCAGGGCAUGCUCAUCAGCAACACACGCAACUCCAGCCUCUAUCAGCAAGUCUAUCGCUUUGAAGUGGUUAGAGGUUAUGAUGCGCCCAACGUUGACUGUCAGCAGUUGGUAAGGGCGUGGCAUGCGGUAGUCAAGCGACAUGGAGCCCUGCGGACCGUUUUCCUUGAUAUACCAGGGAGAGGGUUCCACCAGAUCGUGCUCGUCAAUGCAAUAGACAAUGUCAUAAUUGCGGCUGACGGCAACCAUAGCAGUACAUGUACCCAAAAGAGACCUGGUACACAAGACCUGUAUGGUCCUUUACCAACUCUAAUUAUUCACCAGGAGUAUGAUGAGCGGCUUUGGAUCGAACUGCAUAUAAGUCAUGCUCUUCUAGAUGGAGUGUCACUGCGAAUCAUCGAACAAGACCUCGUGAAAGCAUACUACAACAACCUACCCUCUUCAUUACCUGACUAUCGGGAUUACGUCACCUAUCUGCGGGCAAAAGGAGAUACGGAAAUGUCAUUGAGCUACUGGAAAAAAUACCUGGAGGGUGCGCAGCCCUGCCUCUUUCCACGCCUCCGUGACUCUACAGCAGCAGUGACAGACGUGUCGGAGCCAAAGGCGACAGUCGACUUCGUGUCGCUUGACUUGGGCCCUCCGAAGUCUCUUGAUCAGUUGUGUGAGACUCAUUGCCUGAGCCUUACCGCUAUCUUGCAUGUAGUUUGGGCCAUUGUGCUGCAGCAAUAUACCGGAACGGACAGCGUGUGCUUUGGAUAUGCCACAUCCGCGCGGCAUGUCCCCAUCCCUCAUGUGGAUGAAAUAGUUGGUCCAAUGAUCAACACGCUGCCCAGUCAAAUCCAACUCUCUAGGGAUUCAUCAGUACUGUCCACUUUACAAAAGUACACCGUUCACUUCAUGUCCUGCAUGGAGCAUGCCUACGUCUCACUUGGACAGAUAUUACACUCGGCUAUGUCCAGUACACAAUCACCCUUCAACACAAUGAUAACUAUUGUUGAGACUGGAGAUCGUAGAGACGACGCUGAUGGAUCCUGCUUAUCGUUGGUUUGUAUGGAUGGACAUGGGGAGACAGAGUAUGCGUUGGCCUUGACUGUUUCCAAAGCAUCGAGCCGCAUGGAUUUGCACCUUUCAUACCAAACAUCCAUGGUCAAUGCUUCUCAGGCCCAUGAUGUGUGCCUGAUGUUUCAAAAAGUCCUGUGUGAGGUCUUGGAGUGGCCCACGGCCAAGAUUGGUGCCAUUGAUGCCCUGAAUAUGGGUCAGAGACAGCGCAUGGAAUCGAGGCAGCCUACCCCACCGGCUGCUGCAAAUACAUUGAUAUACGAAACCAUCAAUCGGCGAUGUGCAGAGCAACCAUCCUCAUCAGCCGUCUGUGCCUGGGAUGGUGAAUUUACCUACGGGGAAAUUGAUCAGCUCUCAUCAGUAUUGGCGGGAGAGAUCCUUGCCCAUGGAGUUAAACCGGAGGACCCGGUUUUGGUAUGCCUUGAAAAGAGCCGCUGGGUUCCGGUGGUUAUGCUGGCAGUCUGGAAAGCCGGGGCAUGCUUAAUUCUUCUGGAUGCCACCCAUCCAACUACCCGAUUGCAUAUGAUUGCCAAGCAAUCUGCCGCAUCACUGGCAAUUGCAAAUAGAAGUACGCGCUCCAAAGCAAACAUCCUGUGCUCACGAGUAUUGCAAGUCGAUGAUGACCGCUUGUGGACUCGACAUGUUAACUCCUCGCGGGCCGAGAUGGUUCAUGUUGACGGACACAGCGCUGCAUACAUUAUAUUCACAUCUGGCUCGACUGGAACACCCAAAGGGGCUGUGAUUGAACAUGCUUCCCUUUCCAUUGCGUGGGAGACCCUCAUUACUCGACUACAGUUAAACCCGACAUCGCGUGUUCUACAGUUUGCCUCCCAUUCCUGGGAUGCGGCAAUCAUCGAUGUUAUGGCCGCAUUGAUGUCAGGAGGCUGUCUCUGUGUACCCUCGGAAAACGAACGUAUGGGGCAUUUGGCCUUAGCUGCGAAUCGUAUGCGAGCCAAUUGGAUGCUACUGACCCCAACUGUCGCCCGUCAGCUUACUCCUAGCGAGUUUCUUUACCUCGAAACGCUAGUCCUUGGCGGCGAACGGGUCAAUACAACGGACAUUGAAGUCUGGCAUGAUAAAGUCUGUCUCCUGAGCGCAUAUGGCCCAGCAGAGUGCACGCAAAUCACGAGCGUGACGAGGCCGUUAGAUAUGACCUGUGAUGCGCGGAACAUCGGCGUCCCAAAUGCCAGCGCUGGAUGGGUUGUACGUCCGGACGACCCUGAACAGCUCGUCCCCGACGGAGCCAUUGGAGAGUUACUUAUUGAGGGACCCAUUGUGGGCCAGGGCUAUUUAAAUGAGCCUCAGCGUACCUAUCAAGCCUUCAUUGAGGCCCCCAGUUGGUUGCAGGCCAUUCGCUCCCCCGGUACCAUUCGGGUCUACAGAACUGGGGACCUGGUUCGGUUUGCAGCUGACGGGUCACUCAUCUUUGUCGGACGCAUGGAUGACCAGGUGAAGCUACACGGCCAGCGGUUAGAGCUGGGUGAGGUUGAACAUCACGUUCAGCAGGCUUUCGCUGCAUCGCUUACGGUGAUUGAUCUCAUCCAACCCAAAGAGGAGCAACAAAUGGGUCCGUUCCUCGCAGCAUGUAUCUUCUCUCCCGGCCAUGCUUGUAAAUCACCAUCUCAUGCCGGCAUUUGGGAGCCCCCUUCAGACACCUUUCGAAAGAAAGUUCAAGAGGCUAGAACAGCAUUGUAUCAGAGCCUGCCUUCAUACAUGGUGCCUUCUGUGUUUCUGCCAUUGGCAUACCUGCCCAAAUCAACGACAGGAAAAAUUGAUCGAAAGCGUCUCCGCAAUUACAUCCUUGACAUGUCCCAAGAGGAACUCAUUACUUAUAGCUCUCCCGAUGUCAACUGGGUGGCCUCUGUCUUAACCCUCAUGGAGACGCGCUUGCAGGAUCAUAUUUCCAGUAUCCUGCAUAAACAACCUUGGCAGGUUUCACCCGAUCAAGAUCUCUUUCAGCUGGGAAUGGAUUCAGUGCUAGCCAUGGCCCUAAUUGCAAGGCUGUACAAGGACGGCCUCAAGCUAACGGUCAGGGAUAUCUUUGAGCAACCUCAGCUGCGUAACCUGGCUCUUGUGGUGCGAGAGACGUUGCGGCCAGAUCAAGAAGGUGUCAGGAAAGCACACAGCCGCAGCCCCCUUCUGCACUAUGCGAAGGAGAUUGCUGAUGAGUGGAAGAUGGCUUUAACCUCCAUUGAGCACAUUUUGCCAACUACCCGUUUCCAGCGAGAGAGCUUGGAGGCGCGACACAAAGUGUACUUUAUUUUCCAUUUUCAUGGCAAGAUCGACUGUCAGCGUCUUCAGCAUGCUGUGCAGGCUGCUGUAGACAAAUACGCCAUACUGCGAACGGUCUUCAUUCCUUGGGACGAGUCUACAGUUCAAAUAACUUUAGGUGACGCCACUGUACCGGUGGAAAUCACGACGACCGAUCUGAAUCCAGUAGAAAUAGCAGGAUCCAUUUGCCGCGAGGAUUCAUCAGCACCCGUUGCUCCCGGCAAACUACACACCCAGCUUCGCUUGAUCAUGGGGUCCAACCGUGAUUCAAUGGCCCUUCGGUUGUCCCAUGCUCAGUAUGACGGCAUCAGCAUGCCUCGCCUGUUCACGGACAUCGCCCGGGCAUAUCAGGGGAUAACUUUAAGUCCCGCUAAGGUGGACUUUCCGGAAUACCUGCACAGCCGCAUCUAUAAUAUUCCUUCGCAGGCAUACAAGUUCUGGCGCGACUUGCUCCGAGGUUCCAGCAUGACCUAUCUACGUUCUGAAUCUUCAUCAGGGUCUCCGCCUUCCCAUAAUCGGGGAAGCCUUAUAACGAGCACCACAGAGGUCUCAUACCCGCCAGCCCCCGCUGGAACCACGAUGGCCACCGUCGCCAAGGCAGCUUGGGCCCUCUGCCUGGCACACAUGGCUGGCACUCACGACAUCGUAUUCGGUCAGCUCGUCAACGGCCGAAACCUGGAGCUGCCAGAGGCCGAAACGGUUGUGGGUGCCUGUGUCAAUUACGUCCCAGUCCGUGUGACUCUCCAGGCUGACUGGACCGUGUCAAGCCUCCUCCAUGCGGUUCAUCAGCAGCAAACCCGCAGCAUGGCCUUCGAGACACUCGAAUAUGACGAGCUGGUGGCGCAGUGUACCUCCUGGCCGGCAGACACAGACCCGGGUACCGGGAUCCACUACGUGAACAUCCCCGAUGCGUUUGCUGGUAGCGGCCUGCCUGGGGUGGGGUCGGACUAUGAGACCUAUGUAUCCCGCUUGCCUUAUUAUCAUCCCCGUGUGACCUGUAGUCCCCUCUCGAAGGGAAUACUUGAGCUUACGCUUUCCGUCUCGGAUCAGCUGUGGGAUCAGAAUCAGGCGGAUCAGACUCUGCAUCUGUUUGGGCAGACUGUGACUAGACAAAAUCUUGUUACUUUUACUAGUUAUGCUAUGCUUGACACUGCUACAAGAUUGGCUACUGCUCCUAGCAAUUAUGGUAUCUACUACGGCUGUCCACUUUCUCCGCACUUUCCUCUCCGAACCAUUUUGUUUUACUCCCAAUGUCGUCAACACCUAGAUACUUCUUAA